AUGCCUUGCCAGUGCAAGGCGUGCCUCGACCAGCUCGCAAGCCCCCAAUGGCUCUGGUUCCACGAGCAACAACACCACGCCAAUCACAAGAUCCUCGCCUGCCCGCACUGCGACACCAUCUUGCCAACAAAGGCCAAGUACUUCCCUGCCGACAACAGAAAGCUCCUGGGACAACUUCUCAGAUGCCCCUCAUGUAACCGUCAAGAUCACUUGCACCUCUUUCUUCGUCGCCAGACCGCCUUUGCCUGCGGUUUUUGCUCCGCUUCUUUCCAUUCUUCUUCUUCAUCAUCUUCUCCUCAUUCUUCUUCCGCCGCUAAGACGACCCCCAGCUCCAGCUCCAUCUCCAGCCCCUCCGACUCUCACAAGCGAGCCAAGCGGCGCUUCUUCACCCACCUCGCCACCGAACUUGCUCGGAACGAUGAGCUCAUCGAACAAGGCCAGCCGCCGCGGGAAUGGAGUCGCACCAAUGUGAUCUAUGGCUUGCUCCAGCGUCCAGGAAUCGUCAAGCACUGGAGGGCUUUGGUCGUAGGCAGCAAGGACAAGGAGGAGGGCAAAGACGGUGGUGGUGGUGCUGCUGAUAUGUGCAUGAUUCCGCCUGGGUUGGAUGCCUUUUUCAGCUGGGACAACGUCGACGCGUUGGUACACACUGACAUGGACACGGACACGGCGCGGGUAUCAGGAAGCCAAUUGGAGUAUUUCGAUCCGGUGAAAGAUGGCGAUGCAAAGGCUGCAAAGUUGGCGGAGUUGGCCUUUGAGCAGGCCGAUAAGGUGUUUGGAUAUAGGGCUGGAAGGGUUGAGACAAAGAUCCGGAGGAAUGAUCCUGGCUCUGUCGGAAACCAGAGCGACGAGAAAGGAGGAGGAGAGAAGAAGGUCGAUAUGGACAAACCGCUGCCAGAGUUGCCUACCGGAGCGACAUCAUCUUCAUCAUCGACCGUGCAGCCAACUGGGCUGAGGAGCACAGAUUGUCGGCGGAAUCGGGAUAGAAGACGGCGAGAAGACGAAGACAACAAGACGAGAAGGAGGGUAAGGAACGUUGUGAAGCAGAUUGAGAUGGCCUUGUCAGCUGCCUACCGCUGA